AAGUUGAUAAUUUUCUGUCAAAAUUGCUAACCCUCAAAAAUCGAUAUUUUUCUCGUUUUUUCCGACCGUCCUGCCACAUCAGUAUUGAUAAAACAUAAAAUAAUCCAAACAUACAUUUCCAUGCUCUGUUUAAGCGGCUCAGUGAACGUAUUUUAGUACGAACAGUACUUGAAACAUGAAGUUUUAACAACACACGAAAAUGCUCAUGUAUUGCAAAAUCAGUAGUGAAAUUUGGUUGGUGAUUUUUGGGACUUUAGUAGCCGUUCUCCUGAGAUGUUGCACCAUGCUACAUUCGUAUUCAGGCGAGGGAACACCCCCAAUGUACGGCGACUACGAAGCUCAAAGGCACUGGAUGGAAAUCACCACAAAUCUCCCCCUGAAAGAUUGGUAUAGAAAUACCACAGAUAAUCACCUGGAUUAUUGGGGACUUGACUAUCCUCCCCUCACAGCAUAUCACAUGUAUUUAUGUGGAGCAGUAGCUGGAUUUAUCAAUGGAAACUUCACCAAAUUGCACGAUUCAAGAGGACAUGAGAGUGAAACGCACAAAUUAUUCAUGAGAACCACCGUUCUAGUUGGUGACAUUCUAGUCUACAUCCCAGCUUUAAUACUAUAUUAUUACACUUGCGUGCAACUGGACAAGAGGAAAGAAGAAGCUAAAAAGAACCAGAAGAAAGGCAACAAGUCGGUACUGAGCCUCAAAAUAUUCGACCCUUCACUCUCAGUAGUUCUGGGACUGCUUUAUCCAGGCCUCAUCCUAAUUGAUCAUGGACAUUUCCAGUAUAAUUCCAUAUCUCUAGGAUUGUUCAUAUUUGCAGUCAUUUGCAUUUUACACCGUUGGCACAUUUCCGCCUCAAUAUUCUUCUGCCUGGCUCUCAACUACAAGCAGAUGGAGCUCUAUCAUUCUCUACCAUUUUUCUUUUAUUUAUUAAGCACUUGCAUCCCUAAGCCUGGCCAAACCGCAAUUUCCGGCUUGGUGUAUCUCACUAAAAUAAGCCUUACAGUGGUAAUAAUGUUUAUCGUAAUUUGGCUACCAUUUCUCUUCGACGUUGAGGAUAUUCGUCAAGUGUUACAUCGGCAGUUUCCUGUGGCUAGAGGGGUUUUUGAGGACAAAGUCUCCAACAUUUGGUGCGCACUGAAUGUAGUUUUUAAAUUCAAAAGUCGCUUUGAUAAUUUCCAAAUGAUGCGGAUUUGCCUCUUUACCACUUUGUCGGCUAUAUUACCUUCAAGUGCCGACCUGUUCUUGCGCCCCAAUGUUAAAAAGUUCGUUCUAGCUCUAAUUAACUCUUCUCUCGGGUUUUUCUUGUUCAGCUAUCAAGUGCACGAAAAAACCAUCCUCUUGGCAGCCAUUCCAGUCCUUUUGUAUUUUCCAUAUGCCCCUUUUAUGUGUUUUUGGUUUUUAUGUAUUUCGGUUUUCAGCAUGACUCCUUUGAUUGUGAAGGACCAACUCAUUAUAGCCUUUGCGGCCUUAGUCGUAUUUUACAUUGUCUCUUUCAGAGUUUGCAUUGAGCAUUCUUUUAAAAGCAUGUUCAAUAGCAGCGAAGGACUGGUAGAGUAUUAUCGAAGAAUUGGGGUGAUACUUUUUAACAUCGAAAACGCCAAAAACUUAAAAUUAGGCACUGUAAUAAUGCUUACAUAUCAUAAAAUCCUCCUGAACAAAUAUGCUUUGUUCGCCUUAAUCCUUCACAUGACAAUACUAUUUUCUCUACUAGGAUGUGCAAUAAUAUUUGUGGCUGGUUUACUUUUGGAUCCCCCUAGUCGCUACCCGGACUUGUUUCCUUUAAUCACUUCCGUGUAUUCAUGCAUUCACUUCCUAGGAUUUUUCGUCAUUUUCAAUGUGAAGCAACUGAGUUUACCGCAGGAUUUUGGAGAUAUUAAAAACAUGAAAAUCAAAAGUUCAUAGUUUAGACUGUUGUUAAUUUGUUACUUGUUCGAACGUGGAUGUGUAUUUUUUAAGUGUCUGCAAUCGGGAUAUUUGUGAUUACUGAAUUAAAUGAAUGAAAUAUUUAGUUUACGGACCAAAUGUAGCCAAUAGAAAUAGAUGUUAGGUACAAAUAUUAAAGCUUUUUUUAUU